GCCGCGCCGCACAGUCGUGCGCUCCGCCCGCCCUACUCGUGACCUAAACAACAGUCAAAAACAAUCAUCUGAACCUACAAAAAUACAGAGUAAACCACAACAUAUUAUGAAUAAGCUGUGGGCAGAACGGAGUCAACUCGGUGGGGCACCUUGGGACGGUCGCGAGUACGAUAUUAUGGAGGAAUAUCGAAAUAAUUGGAACGUAGAGGCGCCAACAAAGACCUUUACUAAAGAGAAUUUUAUUCCUCAUAGAGAGGUUUCACCUCCGCAAGCGUUAUCGAGGGUGGAUGAUUGGUCUUCAAAUGGAAAUGCGUGGAGUGUUGCUUUGGGGGCUAUGGGAGGGGCUGGAACUGUUUUAAUCAUCGCAGCCUUCUUGUUUUUGUUCAAAAGACCCAAGAGACAAGAGCUACCACUUCUAGCGCCAUUGGAUCUUGGACAAAAUGAGAUGUUGAUACCCAAAGAACAAUGUCGGGUUCAACCGCUGAGUGAAAGUCGAACGGCUUCUUCUCUGCCUCAUGCGAGGCUUGCGCGGACUCCAUCCAUAUCAUCUCAAAGCAGUCUUGACAGCGGAACUUCAAGAGCCACUAGUCACCGCGGUUCAUCUCCAGCAAUACGCACAUUUGCUCCCGACGGGCGGACACUAGAAGCGGGAGUUACUGGAGUGCCGCGGUCACCAUCGCCGCUACGAGCCGCCUCUCUGGAUGUCAGAGCGGCACCUCUCGCCCAUGGCUCACUUGCUUCGUUAGCCGAUUCCCCCGCACCACCCAGCCCCCGACAUGUACCACCGAGAUGUCUGUCUCCCCUAUUGGUGCCACCGAGACGGAUAGACCGAAGCAACUCCUUAGUGGAAAGUAGCAGUGGCGUGCCUCUGAGUCCUGGUGCCACUAUCAGCGCCCUGGGAGCACUUCAGCCGGAUCUCUACACUAAGCGGGAAGCCCCUCUCGUUAUUGAGCUAGAGGGUGCAGGACCUUCGCUAGGAAGAAUCCACUUACGUUUGAAAUACGAUUUCGAUCGAUCCGAUUUCGAAGUUCAUUUGAUUGAAGCACAUGACCUCGCCGGUUACGAAGCAGGGGGUUUCAACGAUCCCUACGUAAGAGUUAGCUUGUUGCCCGAAGUAGACACCCGUGUACGACAAACACCCGUUCAUAGAAACCAAGCGAACCCUUUUUUCGACCAGCAUUUCAAGUUCCCGGUGUCCCAUGACGAACUCACCGAUAAGACACUCCUGCUACAGGUCUUUGAUUAUGACAGGUUUUCGCGCAACGAAGUAAUGGGAUCAGCGAAGGUACCGCUAUCACGAGUAGAGGUGGCAGGUGGUGCGGAAAUAUGGGCAGAGCUAUCCCGAGAGAGACGACCGCCAGAAGAACUUCAGGAACUGUUACUAUCUCUGUCAUACUUACCUUCAGCUGAGCGUCUCACGGUGGUAGUUCUGAAAGCCAGAAAUCUUCUGCCCCCUCAGGAAGGAAAAGAUGCUUUAGAUGUGUACGUCAAAGUAUAUUUGCUCGUAAACGGAAAGCGGGUUAAAAAGAAGAAGACCAACAGAAAAGAGAUCAAUAAUCCCGUUUGGAAUGAGGCGCUGUCGUUCAGUCUGCCUUCAGCUAAUUUACACGAAGCUUCCAUUGAGGUGUGCGUGGUGACGGGCGGCGGCAGCGGCCUGGUGGUGGGCUGGUGCUGCGUAGGCGCGGCCGAGCCGGCGGCCGAGGGGCGCCACUGGGCGCAGAUGGCGCAGCAGACGCGCAAGGCCGUCGCCAUGUGGCACACGCUCCGGUAGGCGCGCCGGCUGCCUCCUUCCCCUAUAUUGUGUGUGUGCUGGUGUCUAUAUAGAAAUACUUCUCUAUCUGAAUCGAAGAAACUUUUUUUUUAUAUAUGUAAUGUAACCCUUGUCUGGCCUUGUCGGAGUUUCAGAUUUAUAGAAAAUAUAAUAGCACAAAAUAAUUUCAGAUAUAAUCAAUACAUAAUCAUCAUCGCGACCAUAAUUGAAUAAGUUAGCUUAGAUAACACCGAAAAGACCUUUAACUGUUAACCUGUGUCGGUCUAAAACGCCUAUUAUCAAAAUUACGUAAGUCGAAACAUUUUGAUUUGAAUUUAAACAACACAACGAAUUUUAUUUGAAAAAUAUACUAAAUGAUAUAAUUUAACCACGUUGGGGUAAGAAGACACUAAUUCUGGGAUUCGAUUUUUCAACUUCUAGCAGAAUUUCUACCGACGUACUUAUAUCAUACAACACAAUACGCGCGUUGACAUCAUAAACUAAAAUAAAAAAGUAAAAAAGGGACUUAUUAACAAAAAAAAUACUCCAAUUUAAGAACCCCAACAUAAGUGAAGAACAUCAAAAUAUAAUAAAAAUGUUAUGUACUCAACACAAUAUAUUUUUGCUAACGGAAUGAUUACAUUUUAUUGGGACUAAGAGCACAAAUACAAAUAGGAGUUAAUAGGUUAAGUAAGUUAUUAAUUACCUACCAUUUAUGAUAAAGCACAUUUUUGAACCAUUAAAUGAAUAAACGUAUUCCUUAGGACCCGUACCAACCACAAAAAAAUAUCCAUACCCCAAUGUUCUACAUUAAUAAAUUAGUCUAUAGAUAAAUUAUAUUGCCCGACUGACGGUUGGUCGAACAUUGAUCAUACUUCAUUUUGGCCCGAAAAGGACUGACGGUUUGGCCGAAGCCGAAGAUUCAACGAACGAAUAAAUCGGAGUUUGAUAAGCUUUGCUCCAGCUAGCCGAAUUUCCAGAAAUGCUUGAUUAUUUU